CAUAACUGUAGCAAUGGUGGUAUCAAGAUAAUGGAUUUUAAACUGAAUCCAAUGUAAAUUUGGCAAGGAAAAGCAAUACAAAAUCUAGAGUGUAGAAUGUCUGCUUUCUGAGCAACAAUGAAUGAAUCCAUAAGAACAUAUUCAAUACCUUCAUUAUCAUUUGAUGGGUGCAAUUAGAAAUUGUAAUAAUGUAUGUGAAUUGUAAUCCUUUUCUCCCUUUGUAUAAGAAGACAGCUGAAUCCAUGAGGGAAUCUGCAACUCCUGACAGAGCUGCAAAGCUUGACUAUAUGUGUUUAAACAAGAGGCAUCUGUAAAGUCAUGGUCCCUCUCUCUCUGUAUUCAGAAUGAAUGAUGUAUAAUUGCAUCAGCAUUUCAUUUAUGCAUUACAGUCAGACUGUCUCUUUCUCUUCAGAUACCAUUCCAUUAACACUGUUUCUCCACCGCAAAAAUCGGGAAACAGGUGUUGCUCCAAUAAUUUGAAGAAAGAAAUUGCAAUAGCUUUUUGUGUUUGGAUUUAUUACUGUGUUCAGAAGCCAAGAGUGGCCAUUACUAGGCUUUUCAAGCCAUGGAGUUUUAAUUUUCUCUGAUAUGGUAAAUUGCAAUUGAAUUCACUGUAAUUUUCACAAUUGUUUAAUAUUGAAAGAAUUUUUUUUUGCAGACAUAAUUACAAGUAAUGAUCACUGUCUGAUUCAGCUCUGCCAUGUAGCCAGGUUUACAGUCUGAUUCAGAAAGAAAUGUUUGGCUAUGCAGUUAUCAUUCGUUAUCUUAUAUUGUUAACCCAAUUAGCCUGUCUCAGAUUUUGUAUGUAUAAAUUAUUGAUUUAAUAUGUGAUUGAAUGGUGAUCAAAGUUGAUUUAAUUUGCUGAGAUGGCUGAUGGUGUCAUGUCUAACCAAAAUCUGAAAACAUUUAACCUUGUUCAAGCAUGCAGAUUUUGUUGAAUUCCCAGGGUUUAACAUUUCAUACCAAAACCUUUUAAGUCCCGUCCAUUUAUAAUCAGUGCAACCUGUAAAGUGGGCAGUAGUAGAGCUUCCUUUCAUUUCAAGUCCCAAUUCCUGCAAUAUUGAUGUCUUUCCCCAUCUGGGGAGGCCUUUAGUGGAGAGUGAUAGUGAACUGAUCGAUUUGAGAUUAAAUGCCAUCAGACUUUUUCAUCCAUUGAUUUUGGGCCAAAACAUAUACCUCAAUCCCACUGAAUCAUACAAUCUUGGUAUUCAGAAAUCCCAAUAAAAAAGUUGGUAUUCCCAGGCCUGCUGCAGAUUGUACUAUUCCAUAGAAAUAUGGGCAGUCAGACAACAAAGAACAUGGCCAAACAAGGUGCACUUGGCAGCAAAGGUGGACUACAUCGUGGCCUCAAUGAGCCAAAUAUUUCUGGAGCUUACAUCAGGAGCCUUGUGAAGCAGCUCACAUCUUGUAGAAGCCAUGCAAGCCCAAGGGGCUUGAAAACAGAAGUGCCCAAAUCAAGUAGUUGCAGAACUCUCAAAGAAAGUAGUGGCAAUGAAGAGCACAUGAUCAUUACAGCUCAGGACAGCAAUGACACCCACAAACCUGAUGAUGGCAGUUGCAUGAAUCCAGUUUGUUUGCCUCAGCAGCAGAAGAAACAAGUAAGGAGGAGGCCUCAUACCAGAAAGACAGCACAGGAUUACCCCCUGGACAUUGCAGAGGCAAGAAGACAAAUAGUCACUGCAUUGCAUCUUCACAGAGCUGCUGCUUCAAAGCUACAUGCAGCAAGGAACCAGACACCAUCUCAAAAGCCAAACAAUUACAGUAGCAUCUCAAGCAAUCAGAAUUCAAGCUCAUACAAUCAAUCAGCAGGCAUGAGAAUCCCUGCUACAGGGUGCAAUUCCUGCAUGGCAAAAGGUACUACAACAUUACAAAAAGAGGCCCAGGCCAUAACAAUAUGUGGCCAUCUACUGUGCUGGAUGUGCCUUAGUGAGCACUUAUUGUAUUUAUCUUCUUCAGUUUACAAAGGUUGCCCAGUUUGUGCCAAGCCCCUGACUGCAAACCAUAUUUUCCCCAUAGCCCUUGGAGUACCAAUCCCAACUGAGCAGAGUGCUAAUUAUGCUACUCCAGUACUGCUUCAGUCUGCCCCACUGUUAACAAAUCCUCUGCCUCUACCCCAGCCAUCAUGGUCCACAACAGGACCCUCUUUGGGUAUAACCAAGGAUGGGAUAUCCUCAGCUAUAGAUAUAUCCCAAGGUAGGAAUGUGGGUUAUGUUUCUGAGAGCCCAACUGUCCUAGAACAGUCUUUUACAGCAUUUGAUGAUGCCACUACAGCAAAAUUUACCAUGGCUCCUGAGAAUCCCAAAAGUGAUAUUGCUUCAGUCAAGCCAGAACAUGAAAGCUCCAUGAAAAGCAACUGGCAUGUGGAAAUGGAUGAAGAGGAGCUGGCAGAGAUUAGAUCAUUAGGUGAACAGCAUGAGAUGGAAUGGAGUGAUAGUGUUAAUUUAGCUACAUCCACAUGGUGGUUCAAGUUUCUCAAAACAUCAGAAUGUAAUCAAGACUUGAGUAUUUUGUAUCAGACAGAGAUUGACCAAAGUGAUAAUUGCAGCCUAGAGAAUGCAUUGAUUCAGGAUGAAAUGGAAUUUUAUCCAGAGCUGUUAUUACAGGGCCCAUUAAACAACAUGAAUGAAAGUUUGUAUUUCUCUUCUGAUCUUCCUGUUGAAAGCCUCUGGGCAGAUGAGCGGUUUGACUGUUAUGAUUGGAUUCAAGGCCUUAAGAAUCCAGACGAUUAUAAUGAAAUUGAAGUGUAUGACAAUCACUCGGUGCCCAGUUCAGAAGUCCUCAAGAUUAACAAGUCUCCCUUUGAUGAAGCGUUGCCUGAUGAUACAUCUGAUCUGCACAGUGAUUCGAGCUCAAACAAUCCAGUAAACAAGGCAGGAGUUUGAGUUGGAGAUGGAGGAAAAGAGAUUGCAGCUAUAAUUAUCUGGAGUUUUGAAAUUGUAUUCCAAGGAAGCUUAUAGUGAAUUGCUUAUUUGGUUAAAUUAACAGGUAGAGUCUGAAUAAUUAUGAGGAUAUUCCUAUGCAGAGAAGGCAAUCUUUUGAGAUUUUUGGUCAUUCUUGAGGCUAAUUCUCUCUGUAUCAAUGUUGUAUGCUGUUGAUUACAUUCCUUUGUUCCAUUGUAUUAGAUAAAACAUUUGGUUACAUUUGAAUGAUGACCAAGAGGCUUGUCUUAACUGUUUAUCACAGCCAAUUCAACUAUGUCAAGGCCUGGUUUCAAAAUGUGAUGUAUAUCAAGCUUUGAACUUCA